AUGGUCUUUGGCGACUACGGCAGGCUGCCUUCAGAUGACCAACUUGUGGGCACUUUAGCUUCUGUGGACGCCUUCUUCCAGUUAUUUCCCAUGCUGGAACGGAACGUUGCCGAUCUAGAUGCCAUGGUUACCAAGCUAGAAACCACUGUCGACGAACUCUGCGCCCGCCAAAAGGCACCCCAACAGCGUCAAUCAACCACCUGA